UCUUUCAGGAAAAGGGUAAUGUUUUGGUUCUGAGGCGACAUUGUCCACAUGCAUGGCUACGUUGACUGUCACUGUCAUAUCUCUGCGGGGGAUUUUGACAAGGACAUAGAGGAGGUGGUUGAGAAUUCAAAAAAGGCUGGAUUGUUGGCGCUGUUAGCCGUCGCAGAGCAUGCUGGGGAAUUUGACAAGAUUAUUGCGUUGUCAGAAAGGUUUCCAGGUUUUAUUUUCCCCUGCUUAGGAGUCCACCCUGUUCAAGAAGUUUCCCCAGAGCAGCAGAGAGGUGCUUCUCUCCAGGAUCUCGAUGCAGCUUUACCCAUCAUAGAGAAAUACAAAGACCACCUAGUUGCUAUUGGGGAGGUCGGUUUGGAUUUUACACCCAGAUAUGUCAGCAAUGACACUGAUAAGGAGAGCCAAAGGCAGGUCCUCAUUCGUCAAGCACAGAUAGCCAAGGAGCUGGAUCUCCCUCUAAAUGUCCAUUCACGGUCUGCAGGAAGACCUACGAUCAACCUCCUCAAAGAGCAAGGUGUCGAAAAAGUUCUGCUUCAUGCUUUCGAUGGGAAACCGUCUGUUGCCAUGGAGGGAGUGAAGGCUGGAUAUUUCUUUUCUAUCCCACCAUCCAUAAUACGGAGUGAACAGAAGCAGAAACUUGUGAAACAGUUACCAUUAGAGAACAUCUGCCUGGAAACCGAUUCUCCUGCUCUGGGUCCAGAAAAGCAGGUGAGAAAUGAGCCAAAAAACAUCUGUAUCUCUGCUGAGUACAUCAGUAAGAUCAAAGGAGUGUCGCUGGAGAAGGUGAUGGAGGUGACGACGCAGAACGCUCUCCGACUCUUCCCGAAGCUAAAGUCGGCCAUCAGACCCUGACGCA